AUGCUUGCCACUACAUUCCUUCUCUUGCUUGUGCAAGGCAUUGUCCAGUACCCGCAGCAGGCCGGGGAUGGGCUGGAUAAGGCCACACAGGAAUGCAUGCAGCAUCGUGCCGAGUAUCUGAACCAGCAGAUGACUCAGCUGAUUGAGGAGCUGGAGCAGAAGAACCUGGAGCACAGUGGUGUGGCCUCGGGAGCCCUACUCAUGUGGCAGUUCUGGGCUGUGAUUGGAAUCCUCGUCCUUCUCUUGGUACUGUGGUUUGGACUCCACAAAAUUAGAUGUGAUCCAGACAACAGUGGCCACAAGGACAGGUCCUGCAGCAACUCGGUGGAGAAGGAAGAAGGACACAACGUUGUUGCAAAGAAAGAAAUAGAAAGCGACGAUGCAAAUGUGGAAGAGGACAAUAAGGGUGGAAAUGAAGAAGGCAGCAAUGUGAAUGCAAAGGCAGAAAGCAAGGCUGGAAAUGAAGCAAAAGAAGACUAUGAUGAUGCAAAGGAAGAAGUAAACAACAAGAAGGGGGAGGAAGUCAAUGCUGCUGGAAAUGAAGAAGACAAACGCAAUGAAGAAGACGAUGGCCACAAUGUCAAAAGGAACCUUGGAAGCCUUUUAGAGGAGUGCAUACAGCUGCCUGUUCUUGACCUGGACAAAGGUUGCUCAGUGAUAAUGGACCUGAUGGACAAACUCAUACACAUCUUUGGACAAGGCUUGUUCAACAGCUUCUACCCAGUGCCACAAAAAGCCAUCGGAGUAGGCAACGCCUUUGAAGGCUGGAGUCCCCAUGCACAAGAUGUCGUCUACUGUGUGCUUGUACCACUGAGUCCCCCUCCAGGACAUGCCUUCCACCUGGAGCUGGACACUGCUGGGGUGCUCCAGAGGAACUGCUGUGUCCGUGUGGAGCUGCUGUGCACCUGCACAAGGGAGAAGCUGGGGGAGGACAUGAUAUGUUUCCUCCACCACUCUGAGGAGGAGCUGAGAAGGAAACAGGACCCCAGCCUCCUGCAUACCCUCUGCACUGGCUCUUAUCUAGAUGUGGAGAAAACUGUCCACUGGUUCUAUCGAUUCGUGAGAGUAGCCUGGCUGCUUUUGCCUCAAUCGCGCCAUUGGCAUUUAAUGUUGCAGCCCUCCAGCCGCUCCUGUAAAUUUCAACUAAGUAAAGACCAGGAAAGCUUCAUGGUCGAGGUGAUCUUUGGAGUGCAGCAAGGAGACUCAGAUAUCUUUGUGGGCAGCCAGCCUACAGUAGCAGGCAUCCCAAGCACAACAUGGCUUGAGACUUAUGCCGUGGUAGAGGCUAAAUUCUUCAGGCACAUUUCCAGGCAGGCCCCUCAAGACAGCUGGCACUGCAAGUGCCUGCAGCUCCUCAGCUACAUCCUGAUGGGUGUAGGUUUUUCCAGCUAUGCCCUGAAGACGGUAGUGAUGCACCUUCUGAACACCAUACCCCUGACACAGUGGUGCAGGAAGGAUUUCCAGCAGCGACUGAUGGACACCCUGAAGUACCUCCGCUGCUCACUGGAGACAAAACAACUUAACCACUUUGUCAUAGGCAAUGAGAGGUUUCCUAUGGAGAUCAGCUUGCCCUCCGAAUUCCGAGUGGCUGAAGCACCCAACCUCUUUCAACACUUAGCCAGCAAUCCGGAUGCCCACGUGAAGGCCAUGCAGGAGUAUGUUCAUCUGCUACAUCAGCUCAAAAAAAUGCUGACCUACACCCAUUGA